AGAAGGCAAGACCACAACUGGUGGCCAAAGCAACAUGGCUCCAUCACUUCUUGCAGCAGCAGGAGGACUUCUGUUACUUUUCUCCUUCUCAUCGGCACAAAUCAGAGGAGACAACAUUGCAUCAUGCACCCCAAACGACGGCUUUGGAAAGUACUGUCCUACUACAUGUGGAGUGAGUGAUUACCUGCUGAGGUAUAUGCCAGGGGUGAACAAGGAUUUGGACAAUUUGCUACGAGAACUUGAAACAAUUGCCAAUUUGACCCAGGGGGCCGAAUUAACUGUUGUCAACAUGAAAGAUUCUGCUACUUCAGCUCAAAAGAGUUCCCCAUCAGACUCAUACUUCAAAAAGUCCUCAAGUAUGCUGGAUGAUGUUGCUCGAUUUGAAAAGACCAUCAUCACACAGGAACAGCAAAUGUUUGAACUUCAGAAUUUAAUUUCAUCCAAUGAGAGGAGAAUGGCAGAUUUGAAACAACUCUCCGUUGAGCUGAAGCAGAGAUGCAGUGAGCCCUGCAAAGACACAGUUGAGAUCCAGCCCACCACUGGGACAGACUGUCAGGAUGUUGCAAACAAAGGUGCCACCACCAGUGGUCUUUACUAUGUGAAGCCAGCGAAAGCCACAGAACAGUUCCUGGUCUAUUGUGAGAUUGACAACUUUGGACGUGGCUUCACAGUAAUACAGAGGAGACGUGAUGGCAGCGUGGACUUCCACAAGGACUGGAUCCAGUACAAGAACGGCUUUGGUUAUCUCUCACCAGAUGACACAACUGAGUUCUGGCUUGGCCUAGAGAAGAUGCAUCUCUUGACUGCCACUUCAAGCAUGCCAAAUGUGCUCAGGAUAGAACUUGUUGACUGGGAGGGAAACAAAAAGUAUGCCGACUACAACAUGUUCAGAGUUGGACCAGAGAUCGACAUGUACCGUCUAACAUACGGCUUCUACUUUGGCGGUGAUGCUGGAGAUGCUUUCGAUGGCUAUGACUUUGGUGAUGAUCCCAGUGAUAAGUUCUACACGUCUCACAAUGGCAUGCAGUUCAGUACCCACGACAAGGACAAUGACAAGUACGAUGGCAACUGUGCUGCGCAGGACGGCUCCGGUUGGUGGAUGAACAGAUGUCAUGCUGCACAUUUGAACGGCAAAUACUACCAGGGUAAGACCACCUGGCUGAAACCAGCACCAAACCCUUCNUACGACAACGGCAUUAUUUGGGUCACAUGGCACGACCGCUGGUACUCCCUGAAAGAGACCACCAUGAAGUUCAUUCCCCUCAGUCGCAUCACAGCAGGUGGUGGACAGCAGGCUGGGGAGAAACAGUUUGGUGGACUUGGAGAUGCUUAAAACAGUAGAUUAAUAUGGUUGUGGUCUGUUAAGGCUGCAGUUAAGGUGUUUAGUAUAACAGCACUGAAAUCGCCUUAAAUGAAAUAACACGCCUCCUUGGAAGAUCUCUGAUGUGUCCAUGUUUUGCUGAUCUGACCCAGCAUGGACACUGAUGUUUACAUUUUUCCUUUUCAUCUUCAGCUUUGCCUAAUGCACUAACCAGAUAUGGAUUGUCAUUACUACUUCAUUGGACAGUUUUAGUUUGGACUGAAUGGCUGCCAGUCUGGAGGCACAAUCUAGUAAAGUCCAUAUGGCAAGCAGCUGUUUUGUGAAACUAUAUGGAGAUGAGACAAAUGCACCUGGUGAAAAGAAAUAAUCAAAAACACUAAAAUAAGAUAUAUGUCUGAAUUGACUGCAAAACCAGAAAUAUACACCUGUAUGUAAUGCAACAGGCUUGAAAUAAAUACCAUUUUAAAUGUA